AUGUCUGCCCCAGCAUCCAAGUUCAAGGUCGCUGACCUCAGUCUUGCUGCCUUCGGUCGCAAGGAAAUCGAGCUCGCUGAGAAUGAGAUGCCAGGUUUGAUGGCCACUCGUGAGAAGUACGCUGCCGAUCAACCUUUGAAGGGUGCCCGUAUUGCUGGAUGUUUACACAUGACCAUCCAAACUGCUGUCUUGAUUGAGACCCUCACAUUCCUCGGAGCUGAGGUUACCUGGUCAUCAUGCAACAUUUUCUCCACCCAAGACCAUGCCGCUGCUGCUAUUGCUGCCGCCGGUGUCCCAGUCUUUGCCUGGAAGGGUGAGACCGAGGAGGAAUACAACUGGUGUUUGGAACAACAACUCGUUUCCUUCAAGGAUGGCAAGAGCUUGAACUUGAUCCUAGAUGACGGUGGAGAUCUUACUCAACUCGUGCACAACAAAUACCCAGAGAUGUUGAAGGACUGCUAUGGCGUUUCUGAGGAGACCACCACUGGUGUUCACCACUUGUACAAGAUGUUGAAGAACAAGGGUCUCCUUGUCCCAGCUAUCAACGUUAACGACUCCGUCACCAAGUCAAAGUUCGACAACUUGUACGGAUGCCGUGAGUCUUUGGUCGAUGGUAUCAAGCGUGCCACCGAUGUCAUGAUUGCUGGUAAGGUUGCCGUUGUCGCCGGUUUCGGUGAUGUCGGAAAGGGUUGUGCUAUGGCUCUCCACGGAAUGGGUGCCCGUGUCAUUGUCACUGAGAUUGAUCCUAUCAACGCUCUCCAAGCUGCCGUUUCCGGAUACCAAGUCAUGCCAAUGGAGAAGGCCGCUUCCCAAGGUCAAAUCUUCGUUACCACAACUGGAUGCAGAGACAUCUUGACUGGUGAGCACUUCGAGGCCAUGCCAAACGACGCUAUCGUCUGCAACAUUGGUCACUUCGAUAUUGAGAUUGACGUUGCCUGGUUGAAGGCAAACGCUGCCAGCGUUCAAAACAUCAAGCCCCAAGUCGACAGAUACCUCAUGAAGAACGGUCGUCACAUCAUCCUCCUUGCUGAGGGUCGUCUCGUUAACUUGGGAUGUGCUACCGGUCACUCUUCCUUCGUCAUGUCCUGCUCCUUCACCAACCAAGUCCUUGCUCAAAUCAUGUUGUUCAAGUGCGAGGAUGAGGCUUUCGGUCAAAAGUAUGUCGAGUUCGGCAAGACCCAAAAGCUCGAGGUUGGUGUCUACGUUCUCCCAAAGAUCUUGGACGAGACCGUUGCCAAGCUCCAUUUGGCACACGUCAACGCCGAGUUGUCCAAAUUGACCCCAGUUCAAGCUGAGUACCUUGGACUUGAGGUUGAGGGACCAUUCAAGGCUGAGAUCUACAGAUACUAG